AUGAAGUUAUUCAUUCUAUUUAGUGCAUCGAUUUUACCAACUGCUUAUUAUAAUAAUCUACCUGUAUUACCAUGUCUCGAAUAUUUCGAUUUACAAACUGAGACAAUGUGCGACAUUCAUUCAUUAAGUCUUAUUCUUCGUUGCAUGCCCAAUCUUCACCAAUUCAUUUUCACCUUUAUAUCGUCUCAUGAAAUUUCUCUUUAUAUUGACGAUAUGCUCGAUGGUCAUCAAUGGCAGCAAAUGUUGACAAGUUAUGUAUCGCAUCUAGAAACAUUUGAUUUUCUCAUUGGCUUAUUUUAUACACGACCAAUACUAAACAUGGAUUAUAUUGUUCAUUCGUUUCAAUAUUUUGUUGCACAUUAUGAUGGCUGGCAUAUGACGAUCGAACAUUCACGAUUAAUCGCUGACGAAUCAGGUGAAAUAACAAAAGAUAUUAUCUAG